AUGACCGGGUAUAUGCUGUUCAUCAUACUGCUGGUUGUCGUGAUGAUUCUGACAGUCUUUUCACUUUGGCUGCUCGCCCACUGCUCAGACGUCGCCAAGAGACGGAUCUACGAGGAUACCAUGACGGUCCUGAUGGGCUGCGGCCUGGACUGGUUGGUGUCCAUUUUUACAUGCAGCUUUUGUAUUGGUGGAGGAGUUGGCUACAUCACUUCCAUUUUGAACCUGCUGACACCAGUCUUUGAGAACGAGGGGGUUCCACACCAUCUGAUGACCAUGUCCAACAAUCAACUGAUUAAGAGUAUGGUGUGGCUGGUGUGUAUUUUUCCGCUUUGCCCACCAAAGCAGAUGAAUUCCCUACGGCAUAUACAUUUGCUGGGGUGCCUUCCCAUUCUCUUCUUUGUGGAUAUGAAUUGUCACUGA